GGGAGGAGGUAGAAUUGCUCAGAGGUGGAGGCAGUUGCAUUAUAUAAAGAGCUCUCAGACUUACUCAAGACAUCAGUUGUUCUGGAAGACUUCCCUUGCAACAGCCAUCAUGAGAGCAAUCCUCUUCGCUUCCGUCAUCUGUGUGGCCCUGGCUGCCCCUCAGUUCCAACAGGACCCCGUGGCCAUCACUCGGGACGAAAGGAUCGACAACGGCGACGGGACCUUCAGAUAUGUCUUCGAGGCUGAGAACGGCAUCUCAGCCCAGGCCAGCGGAGUCCAGGGCGCUCAAGGCCAGUCAAACAUCGAAGGGGUCUACAGUUAUCCACUCAGUGAUGGCAGCGGCUUCGUCGAGGUGAGGUACGUGGCUGACGAAAAUGGCUUCCGUGCCGAGUCCCCCUUCCUGCCCACCCCCCACCCAACUCCCGCCCACGUCAUCGAACUCCUGAGGAUCGCCGACGAACAGAGAGCAGCAGGAAUCACCUUUGAGAAAUAGAUUGGAUUUUAACUCUUCAUGAUUUCCUGACAGAGCGAAGAAGUGAUGCUGAUUGGAACAAAAAUGUUUCUGUUCUGAAUAUUUACAUUUUAGUGGGGAAAAUUUAUUCUUUUCCAUGAAUGUACUGAUUGAUCCCUUUGUUUCAUUGGUAAAUCGAAAUAAAAUUUCUAUCUACGAUUA